AUGGGGUGGUUAUGCCGGGCAUGCAUAUUCACGCCCGCACUCCACUUUGUCGAUGACUUCGGCAGCGCAGAGGCCAUGGAACUCGCCCGCUCGUCAUUCGACGCCUCGCGACGACUCUGCAAGGCUUUGGGUUUUUCUUUUAAGCAGUCCAAGGAACAGCCUCCCGCUUCGCAACAGGUCAUCCAGGGCGUCAGCAUCGUCGUCAACAACGACUCCGUCACCGUCCAGGGCACCGAAGAACGUCGCCAACGGCUCGACGAGAUGCUCGCCGACGUGCUCACUCAGGAUCGUCUUCCGCCUCACGAAGCAGCGAGCCUAGCAGGGAAACUACAGUUCUACUGCCAGUCACUUCGAGGGCGAUCGCAUGCAGCAGCGCUUCGGCCUUUGUUUCGAAGAUCUAGACUUACCGGUGCGGGCAGAAACCACCAGAAUUGGCGACUCGACGGACAGCUUCGCCAUGGCAUCGGCCUCCUCAGAUGGAGCCUACGCCACGCACCGCCCAGAACCUUUCCUUUCCAGAAGGAGGCGCACUCCGUGCUCUACGCCGACGCGUUCUUCAACCUCUUCGACAAGGACUGGAAGCCCUCCGACGAGGACAUACCCAGCUGGGGACGCACGCCACCUGAGACGCUCAGAAACGGAUGGGGCUUCGUCGUCACGGUGCAAGGGCGGACCUACUUCGCACAUGGACGUGUGCCUUACUGGUUCGUGCGGGAAUUCACGAGCCGCCGCGCCUAUAUCUACAUGUUGGAGAUCGUGGCCCAGAUUCUCCCUCUUUUCGCCAUGCAGAGACAGCUCGAUCGCCACGUAUUGCUGUUCGUCGACAACGAACCUGCACGACACGCACUCACUCGUGGCUUUGGCAAAGACGAGUCGAUCAACUGCUUGCUCCAACAUGCGUGGCGCUUCCUCGAGGAGAACUCUUUUCGACCCGCUUGGCAACGAGUGACGUCUUCCGCCAACGUCAGUGACUCGGUCAGCAGAGGGGACCUUCGACACGCUCGAGCCGAAAGCUGGACCGAGCUUCACCGAGACUGGGACGGCGUCUUCGAAGAACUACUGACGGGCUCUGACAGGCGGCACACCUAUGGUGAUACGCAACGAUUCGCUCCGAUCGACUUCUGA